AUGGCGUCCUUCUCAACGUCGCUGCUCUUCGGCGUCUUAUGCAGCAGAAGAGCAGGCGAGAUGCAUCUGGCAAAGCGCUCCAAACACUGGCUCCAGUCUGACUCCCUCGUCACCGUCGUAAUCAUCAAACGUGAUAAUUUAUGGGGUUUAAGGGAGAGAAAGGAGAACCCGGUGAUAUUCCAUAUGUGGUGGGCCUCCCUGGACGUGCAGGACCCGAGGGCCCUCCAGGGGCACAGGGACCCAGAGGACUCCCUGGCUUCAAAGGCAGACGGGGUGCCCAGGGGCCUUCAGGAUUUGACGGAGAGCCCGGAGUUCCUGGGAAUCCCGGAGAACCAGGGCCCCCCGGCCAUCCUUCCCACCCUGGGCAGAGGCUAUCAGUCAGAACAGAGUCAAGAUGAGGAUGAUGUGUCACAAAAGGGCCAGCUGGUGUCACAGAUGGCUGCAGGGUUCAGUGAGAAGUCUGGACUGGCUGGAAUGGUUUCUGGGACCAGGGGACCAAGUGGGGCUCAGGGAACUCCAGGAGAAGCAGGAGACCCAGGACCAAUGGGACCCUAUGGCCACCGAGGACCUGAUGGACCAUCAGGAAAACCUGGAGCAGAUGGAGGGGCAGGUCCUCCCGGCGCAGAUGGAGAAGCUGGUUUUCCAGGAUCCGCGGGUGCCAGAGGGUUCCCCGGUCUGCCUGGUCUGCCAGGAAUGAAAGGACACAAGGGCAAUGCAGGUCUUCUUGGAUCAAGAGGCGAGUCUGGAGCAGUCGGUUCAAAGGGUACAUCUGGUACCCCCGGCGGAAUGGGACCUCCGGGUCCACCGGGAACUGCUGGAUUGCAAGGAGAGAGGGGCAGAAUUGGUUCAACUGGCCCAGCGGGGAAACGUGGGUCACCAGGUCAUGUUGGUAAACCAGGGCCUCUGGGCCCGAUGGGAAUCACCGGUGUGCCGGGCUUCCCAGGAAACCCGGGAAUGAAGGGGGAAGCAGGUCCGACAGGAGUGAGAGGGAGUGAAGGACCCCAAGGUUCAAGAGGAGAUGCAGGCCACGUGGGACAUCAGGGAGCCAGUGGAAUACAGGGAGCCCUGGGAUCAGACGGAGCACCAGGAGCCAGAGGAUCCUCAGGCUUAGCAGGUGUGCAGGGACCCGUUGGACUUUCAGGUCCGAUCGGACCACCCGGUCCCCAGGGAACGACGGGACAGCCAGGGCCCAAGGGCCAGUUGGGUGACGUUGGUGUACCCGGGUUCAAAGGAGAAGCUGGUAUUAAGGGAGAACUGGGUGAGCCCGGUGCCCAGGGUCCAUUAGGUCCAAUGGGAGAGGAGGGGAAAAGGGGACCGAGAGGUGAUUCUGGAUCCAUCGGUGCCGCCGGAUCUCCUGGUGAGGCGGGUGCUCCAGGAAACCGAGGUUUCCCCGGUGCAGAUGGUUUACCUGGUCCAAAGGGUUUACAGGGUGAAAGAGGGCUGUCUGGGUCGACCGGUGCCAAAGGCUUGGCUGGUGACCCUGGACGCAACGGAGAGCCCGGUUUACCAGGAGCCCGGGGUCUGACGGGUCUGAUUGGCAUGCAAGGGGCAGAGGGAAAACAAGGACCAAUGGGAGGGUCAGGUGAGGAUGGGAAACCAGGCCCGGCGGGUUCUACUGGUACAAGAGGUCAAGCUGGACCGAUGGGUUUACCUGGACCCAAAGGCUUUUCUGGUGAUCCUGGAAAAGCUGGCGAGGUCGGGACCGCAGGGCCACCCGGGCCAAGGGGACUUAAUGGAAAAGAUGGAGAAGGCGGCCCUGCUGGUCCAACAGGCCCAGCUGGAACUGCAGGAAAGAGAGGAGAACAGGGACCUCAGGGGCUGAAUGGUUUCCAGGGUUUACCUGGGCUGCCAGGCCCACCUGGAGAGUCCGGAAAACCCGGUGAUGAGGGUUUGGCUGGAGAAGGAGGAGCCAACGGUCCAACGGGUCCAAGGGGAGAGCGGGGAACUCCAGGAGAGAGAGGUGAAAUGGGACCCAACGGACUUCAGGGGCCAAAGGGAAGUCCUGGGACACCGGGACCAGAUGGUCCAAAGGGUAAAUCUGGUGCAUCCGGUGGUGUUGGAGAGCCAGGCCCCCCGGGGCUGCAGGGCAUGCCUGGAGAGAGGGGCAUCCCCGGACCCUCAGGUCCAAAGGGAGAUGCAGGUACCAUCGGAGAGAACGGACUUGAGGGUAAAGCAGGAUCUGAUGGUGCACGGGGACUGCCUGGUCCUGUUGGACCAGUUGGAUCCAUCGGACCCAAUGGUGAGAAGGGUGAGUCCGGCCCACCGGGACCUCCAGGACGCAGAGGAUCCAGAGCGAUAGCCGGUUCUCCAGGUGAGCCCGGUCCACCUGGUGCUGUCGGUUUCCCAGGACCUCCUGGACCUGAUGGUCAGUCAGGGGUCAAAGGUGAGGCGGGUGAACAGGGUCAGAAGGGAGAAUCAGGAGCACCUGGACCACAUGGAGUGGCUGGAAUACCUGGCUCUCAGGGGCCUGUUGGUGUGACUGGACUGAAAGGUGGCAGAGGAACACAGGGGGCAACAGGCUCAUCCGGCUUCCCGGGUCUGCCUGGAGGAAUCGGGCCCCCUGGCUCUACAGGUUCUGUUGGAGCAGCCGGGUCAAUUGGUUCCCCUGGAAAGCCUGGAGUUCCUGGUAUUCUAGGGGAGAACGGCGCCACCGGCCGGCAUGGAGAGAGGGGACCACCGGGGCCGCCAGGGACUCAAGGAGACAAAGGAGACUCUGGAGAGGACGGACCCGGGGGACCUAACGGACCUCCUGGACCCGCCGGCACACCGGGACAGCGAGGUGUGGUGGGACAACCUGGGCUACGAGGAGAGAGAGGCAUGCUGGGACUGCCGGGCCCUGCGGGUGCACCAGGUAAAGCAGGGGCCUCUGGGGUUCCAGGGUCCAAAGGACCCCCUGGUGGAGUUGGUUUACCAGGUGCCAUUGGUCCAAGAGGAGAUCCCGGUCCAGAGGGUCUAGCUGGAGCAGAGGGGUCUGCUGGCAAAGACGGUCUUGUAGGAACCCGGGGAAACAGAGGGGAUUCUGGUCCAGAGGGUCUGGCUGGUGCUGCAGGGUCUCCUGGACCAGAAGGUUCAGUUGGCCUUACAGGUGGACUGGGUGCGAGAGGAGACAAUGGGGCCAAGGGUCCUUCCGGACCGCAGGGUCAACCCGGAGUUCGAGGCAAAGUGGGACCCCAGGGGCCACUUGGAGAUAAAGGAGCCCAAGGAGACCAAGGAGAACGGGGUCAGAAAGGUCACAGAGGCUUCACUGGACUCCACGGACUACCGGGGACAACUGGCACCACAGGAGAGAUGGGAGCGCCGGGUAUUGUUGGACCAUCUGGGCAGAGAGGCCCUCCAGGAGUGGUGGGACCGAGUGGGAUGGAGGGGAAUAUUGGACACCUGGGACCGAUGGGCCCACCGGGAAGUAGAGGAAGCAGCGGAGACAUUGGACCAGAGGGUCCACCCGGGGAACCAGGCCCCCCGGGCCUUCCAGGACCUCCAGGGCCACCCACCGCAGCCAUGGAGGAUCUCUAUGGCGUCCCCUUCGAUUACGACGGCAAAGACAUCUCUCCAGAUGAGGCGGAGCCCCCACCUCCUCCCGAGUUCAACGAUGACGAGGCCCGUCCCAACAACUCCUCAGACAUCCUGCGCACCGACAGCGGCGUCCACGCCACGCUGAAGAGCCUGAGCGGACGCCUGCAAGACCUCCGCAACCCCGACGGCAGCCGGACCAACCCAGCCAGAACCUGCCAGGACAUCCGGCAGUGUUACCCUCUGAAAAAGAGUGGCGAGUACUGGAUCGAUCCAAACCAGGGAAGUGUGAAGGAUGCCGUCAGGGUCUUCUGUAACAUGGAGACUGGUGAAACCUGCAUCUCCGCUCAUCCGGCCAACAUCCCGCGCAAAACCUGGUGGACCAAAACCGCACCCAGCGCCAACAAACCCGUUUGGUUUGGAGCCGAUAUGAACAGGGGAACUAAAUUUGGAUAUGGAGACCAGGAGGAGCAGCCCAACGCGGUGGCGGUUCAGAUGAAGCUCCUGCGGGUUCUGUCAAAGGAGGCGCACCAGAGCAUCACCUACCACUGUCGCAACAGCGCCGCGUACAAAGACGAGACCGGCCUGAAGAACGCGCUGGUCCUGAAGGGCUCCAACGGGCAGGACAUCCGAGCGCAGGGCAACAGCCGUCUCAAAUACACCGUGGUGGAGGACAGCUGCUCGAAAUCAAAUGGCGAAUGGGGAAGGGCAGUGUUUGAGUACAGGACUCAGACGACGGCCAGGCUGCCCAUCGUGGAUUUGGCUACAAUGGACGUUGGAAACUCGGACCAGGAGUUUGGUGUGGAUAUUGGACCAGUGUGCUUCUCCUAA